UACCCCCGAGCGAGGGACUUUGAGGCGACCCCGUUUCCAUCCCAGCUCGCACUUCUUUUAUUUCCCCUUGGUGAUAGUCGUCAAGAAGAGGGCUAUUGAUGGCGGUUAAAACCUUUGCUCGGUCGUCUCCCCGGUGGCUUUCAACUUGGGCGCUUCCGGUCAUUAUUUGGGUCCUGGACUUUGUCCCCUUAUCGUGGGCCCAGAAUACGAGCGUCACCUGCGGGUCCGAUUGGAAAUGGGCGGAGAACAGCAGGGGACAAAACCCAUGUGGGGUGGCAGCGUAUCUGUUGGAAGUGUGCUAUUAUCCCAGAGUGUACUCUGUGCCUCCCCUCCCUAAUGGCACACAUUACAUUGGCCCAACGAGCGACCCGUCAACUCAAAAUCAAUGCGUGUGUUCUACGCCUGUGUAUCAACUCAUGUCAGCCUGCGGUGCGUGUCAAAGCCUGAACUAUCUUCACUGGAAUGAGUGGAGCUUCAACUGCCCUUCUUAUGGGAUCGCUCUUGGUCACUACCCAUACACCAUCCCUGGUGGCACGGCCGUUCCGUUUUGGGCGUUAACUGACCCCGCGCAAUGGGGGGGUACGUUUAACGCCGAGCUUGCUAAGGUUGUUGGAGAUACACCUGAAUUAACUGCGUCAAAUUCAACGUCGACGCCCGCUCCGUCUUCAACCGCCACACUCCCUCCAUCGAGUUCAGCUGUACCCACUUUCACCUCCCAUAGCAACACCUCCUUCCCCAAUACGACACCAUCCACUACCUCCUCAAGCAACAGAGGCUCUGGUUCCACCAACGUUGGUGCUAUCGCUGGUGGUGUCGCUGGAGGCAUCGUCGGACUGGGACUCAUCGCUGCAGUGGUCUACAUAUCAUUGCGCCGAAUUGGUCCAGCGGUGGCCCGAUCGGAUCUGUCGACACAUGUGACUCCUUAUCCCACUACUGAAUUGGUGGAAGGGGAUACAUCGUUUGCGAACACACGAGGGGUGAGUACUGGGGAUGAGACAUCUGCUCAACAGAGUUCGGAAGUUGUGCUACCUCUGAAACUAUACGAUCCGAACGACCCAUCAACUUUCCCUCGCACUCCGGACAUACUAAAUGUCACUGCCCUUUCGCCCUCGAACUCAUUGUCUUAUGGCGCCACCCGCCAAAGUAGGCCAGAUGGUCACAGUCGUGGAGGUUCUGACGACAAUAAAGGAGGUUACUCUGGGAUGCCAGAGCUUUGAUUUCCUGCACACGCGCGACAAUGUAUUGGCUUGUCCUUGGCUUAUGCUUGCGCACUCCCAUUUCCUUUACCUUUUUCCGCUUUACUGUGCUCACUUGACGUUAGGCAUGACAUGGACUGAUGUACGACAUACACGCAAUUCGAUAUACGCGCGCAUACCUGUGAUAGGAAGAGACCACUGAGGCAACAUAUCAUAUUUGCUGAAUAUACUCUGGCGAGAUGUUUAAGCGCUGGUUAGUGUAAGU